AUGACUAGUGACGACCAAUUUUUCUUUGAUUAUCUUUCUUCGAUACCGCAUGACGUAAGGAAGUACUCGCUCGAGGUCGCCAACUUGAUCGACCGUCAAGUCGACAACGCUGCCGGGUUGGUUCGGGAUACGUUCUCUAACCAGUCAUGGCUACCUUCGUCUGUUCGACCGCUGCCUAGAACCCCCCAAAAUGUUCGACCGCAGUCGUUUACGGAUCGCGUGCAGGAUUGGGUUUUUAAGAAUCGCGCAUGGAGUGCGGCUAUCUUGGCCUUUGUCGGGACUAGCUGUGUGUUGUAUUUCGGGAGCAAAAAGCUGAAUGGCAAGCGGAGAAAGGCGAGAAGAGCUGGAAAUGGUGCUCGAAAGGAAAUCGUGGUCGUUGCCGGAUCUCCCCACGAACCGAUGACUCGGGCGAUCGCUAGUGAUCUGGAACGUCGAGGAUAUAUUGUUUAUGUGACAGUGUCGUCGACGGAGGAGGAGCACAUUGUUCAGUCCGAAAAUCGAAUGGACAUCAAGGCGCUUUGGUUGGACUUGACAACUGUGUCUUCAUCAUCGGACAUUCACCCCUCGCUUGAGGGCAUCCGCAAUUUGAUCACUCAGCCGCAAUGGCCUAUUCCUGGUGUAGCACCGCAUACAUGCCAGUUGAGUGGUCUCAUUCUUGUACCAUCACCAAACUACGCAUCAGGCCCUGUCGCGACCAUUCCGCCAUCUGCCUGGGCCGACUCUAUGAACACCCGGGUCGUCUCACCUAUCUUGACCACGCAACUCUUCUUGCCCCUCCUCACUCUCCGCAACAACAAUAGCACCAUCAUCCUCGCCUAUCCAUCGAUAUCAUCAUCUCUCUCUGCGCCGUAUGCUGGCCCAGAGGUCACCACAGCUCAUGCGCUAACCGGAUUUGCAAACUCACUCCGAAGAGAACUGAAGCUUCUGCAACAUGGCAAUGUCGAUGUUGUGGAGCUGCGACUGGGAAACAUUGACUUUGGGUCUCAGAAUCGGGGCGGACAGAGCCACAUCACUGGCACCGAGGUGCUGGCAUGGAGCACCCAACAGCGAGCGCUGUACGGCGAACAGUACCUCUCGAGCAUAGAACAGCGACCCGUUGCAUCGGCAGGGCCUAGUACAGUGCGGGGAUCACCCGCACGGAACCUGCAUUACGCAGUGCAGGAUGCUCUGGAGCCAGUGACGAAGAACAUGUUUGGGCAGAAGACGACCAAGAAAUCUGUUCUCUAUGUUGGCCGGGGAGCACGCACAUAUAAUAUCAUCGGACAGUGGGUUCCAGGAGGACUGGUGGGGAUGAUGAUGGGCCUUAAAGCACCUGCAGCAUCGCCGAGUACGAGUGGAAGCAGCAGUGAAAACGGAUGGGAAAAGGUAUCAUAA